UCUAUGGUGGUGACUCAUUUCUUGGAUUUAUUUAUGAUUAAUCUGCCUUAAUAACAGUAUUAUCACUUUUUCACGUUUUUCUAAUUCUGAAAUUUACUAGAUAUCCGUUUGUUGGGUAUUAUUACCUAUUUUUUGUGUGUUAAAAGUUCAUAAAAGCCUUCAAACUGGGGAACGAAAUGUCAUCCUCCGCAAUGGAAAAACAUUUAUUUAAUUUAAAAUUUGCUGUGAAGGAGUUAGAACGCAAUUCAAAAAAAUGUGAAAAAGAAGAAAAACUAGAAAAAGAGAAAGCUAAGAAAGCUAUACAGAAAGGUAACAUGGAGGGGGCACGAAUACAUGCAGAGAAUGCGAUUAGGCAGAAGAACCAAGCUCUCAACUACCUAAGGAUGUCAGCGAGAGUUGAUGCUGUUUCUAGCAGAGUUCAAACAGCAUUAACAACUAGAAAGGUUACAAAUUCAAUGGCCGGUGUAGUAAAAGCAAUGGAUGCAGCAAUGAAAUCAAUGAACUUAGAGAAAAUUUCUACACUAAUGGACAAGUUCGAGAGUCAGUUUGAGGAUUUGGAUGUCCAGUCGUCCUACAUGGAGAAUGCGAUGUCACAAACUACGACAACUACAGUUCCCCAAGGAGACGUUGAUAAUUUACUUCAACAGGUUGCAGAUGAAGCUGGGUUGGAGCUAAAUAUGGAACUUCCAUCUGGUGUUCCGAGCACAUCUAUUGGUACCGCAACUGUUGUUUCCCAAGAACAAGACGAACUCACACAGAGACUUGCCAGGUUGAGACAAGCAGAAUAAAUGUGAAUCAGUUUAAUUGGAUCAGAGCUAUUGUAAUACAUGUAAAUGUUCAAACCUUAAAGGUAUGGUUGUUGGUAAUCAAAUUAUAAACAAAUGUUCUCAUAUUCUCUGAAAUAUGGUAUUUUUAAUUAUCAUUUUUCACGGAUAUUUAAUUAAAAUCUGUCAAUGAACAAAUCUAUCUUUUAAACAAUAGCUAGAUCUUUGUGAGAUUGUGUCCAAUUUGCAUGUGUCUUAUAAAAUGCUACUGCUGUAUAGAUUAUAUUAUUCCAUGUAUUAUAAAAUUUAUAAAUAGUAAGUUUUUAAUUUUAUAAACUAAUUCUAUAAAUGAAUAUUUUGUACGAUGAACGCAAUGAAUAUUGGAAUUUAUUCCAAGCUCAUUAAUUAGUAUAUAUUAAGAAAAAGUAUGUGUUACAUUGACAAUUCACAUUAAUGUCUCUUAAUGUUUCACAUUAAUGUCUCUUAAUGUUUCACUUAUUUUCCUUAUUCUGUAUUUUUUUAUUUGUAUGGAUAAAAGUGAAUUCUCUCAUAAAUAUUUUUGGUUUAAUCGCAGGUUUUAUUGUUUCGUAAGCCUUGCAUAUCGGUCCCACUAUGCGCAUAGGAAGGGACGUUUAGAGAAGAGCAUCUAUUAAAACAGUCAUGGUCUAAGCAUAUAUUAUAAAUUAUAAUAAAGGAACUUUCUAAAAUUCUUUUGCACUGCUUUCGGACGUCCCUCAAAAAAAAUGCGUUGUUUUUCAAGGAAAAAGAGAAAAGUUCGAUUUUAUUUGACUUUGGUAACAUCAAUGUUUCAUUUCGUGAUCUAAACGAGGAGGAAUUUAAGACGAUAUAAUUUUUAAAAACCUAUUCUUAUAAUUUUUUGACAAACAUAUUUUCAAUUGAUGUGGAGAACUUAACGUGCAGGACAGAACUGAAAUUUCUAGAUACAUAGAGAUAAAUAGUAAUGAGCUAGGUACUCGGCAAAUCGUAUAGGCAAUCAUACCCGUUUUACGAACGAGGUAAUGAGUUUAGGAAUACUGUGUUUGCCACGAGACAGCCACUCCCGUGUAUUGCAUUAGCACAGAGCGGCUCUGGGAGGAGACUAGUUGUGACGUAAUGUAUGAGCCUUAGUCCUGACUAUGUAGGUACCACAGAACAAUAUCUCGCCCGAUUACGCUGAUAUAGCCUCUCAAGGCUAUCAGCUUAGGCAGGAAAAAAAAACAACAGUUGAAAAUUCAGUUGCGAAAAUUAUAGGGACAUUAAUAAAAUAUUAUAAUACGGGAUCUGUGUUACUAUUAAUAUGAUUUAUAUUAAAAUAAAGUUACUGUUAAAAUAUUUCCUUGUUUGCGUAUAUUUUAGAUUUGUGUUAUCCCCAAUAUUUUUGUACCAAAUUUAUAGCAUACAGAAUCAUUAAUAUUAUCGCUGUCGAGACACCGUUUUCUAGAAGAAAUUUUGUUGUUAGUUUGUUAUUUGAUGACUAGCGAAUCCCGGUUACGCUUCGUUGUGAACAUUUCUAAAUGUAUGAGAAAUUGUUCACGCGUCACCCACCGUGAUGGUGUAGGGGAAUGAUACCCCGCCCCGCUUACCUUACUAUGCAGUUAUUGUGCAUAUAGUAAUGAGCAGCAUCCGUUAGUCAGUCAGUGGUCAACGUGCAGCGAUCCACCGCGGUCGCUGACGCGAAUAAACAUGUAAUUAUAUGUAGUGUUUUAUUGACCGCUCAGAUGAGGUUUAUGGAGGACAACACGCAACAAACAACCAACGCACACGCCACCUCCUCCGUCAUCACCCAAUAAACCUCACAAUGGUAAUGUGACCGAAACCUUUUCUGAGGUGCUAAUAUCUGUACUAAAUCUCAUCAGCAUCAAAUAAUUGUUUACAUAAGUCAAACAUAGAACAAUAAAACAAACAAAUAAGAACAGAAACCAAACAUCAUUUUUUAUUUAUGCAUACUCCUUUUAGACUAUCUUUAUAGAUCUGUUUUGGCACGUACCAUCCGGCUCUGGGAUGAGCUCCCCUCUACAGUAUUUCAAAAGUGCUAUGGCAUGUCCUUGAAACGAGUUUUGAGGGGAGCGCCCUCAGCAGUGGACAGAGGCUAGGUUGUGCUCCUGAAGUCGCCGAAGUCCAUGACCAACGUUGAUUGGCAUCGAUGGCAACAGUAAAUAGACCAGGUAGGAACCUGAUG